CACCAUCGCCCGCAUCCAGGCCCGCCGCGCGCGCCGCCUGCGUCGCUCCCGCGCGCCCGCCCCACCCCACGCCUUGCGUGCCGUGCGUGAGCGUGCGCGUCGGCCGGCGAGGGAGCAGCAAACGGCCGGCGGCGGGCGCCGCGCGGGGGGCGGGCGGCGCGGAGGCGGCGGCGGUGGCCAUGGCCGAGGCGUCGCCACAGCCCGGACGGUAUUUCUGCCACUGUUGCUCCGUCGAGAUCGUCCCGCGCCUGCCGGAUUACAUCUGCCCAAGAUGCGAGUCUGGCUUUAUCGAGGAGCUUCCGGAAGAGACCAGGAAUACAGAAAACGGUUCUGCCCCCUCCACAGCCCCCACAGACCAGAGCCGGCAGCCGUUUGAAAACGUGGACCAGCACCUCUUCACGCUGCCGCAGGGCUACGGACAGUUUGCUUUUGGCAUCUUUGACGACAGCUUCGAGAUCCCCACAUUCCCUCCUGGGGCACAGACUGACGACAGCAGGGACCCCGAAGGCCGGCGGGAGAGAGAGCACCCAUCCCGGCACCGGUAUGGCGCCCGGCAGCCCCGUGCCCGCCUCACCGCGCGGAGGGCCACCGGCCGACAGGAAGGCGUCCCCACGCUGGAAGGGAUCAUCCAGCAGCUGGUCAACGGCAUCAUCACGCCUGCCACCAUCCCCAACCUGGGCCUGGGCCCCUGGGGUGUCCUGCACUCAAACCCAAUGGACUACGCCUGGGGGGCCAAUGGCCUGGACGCCAUCAUCACGCAGCUUCUCAAUCAGUUUGAAAACACAGGCCCACCACCCGCAGACAAGGAGAAAAUCCAGGCCCUCCCCACUGUCCCCGUCACGGAGGAGCACGUAGGCUCCGGGCUCGAGUGCCCCGUGUGCAAGGACGAUUACGCGCUGGGCGAGAGUGUGCGGCAGCUGCCCUGCAACCACCUGUUCCACGACGGCUGCAUUGUGCCCUGGCUGGAGCAGCACGACAGCUGCCCUGUCUGCCGAAAAAGCCUCACAGGACAGAACACGGCCACGAACCCCCCGGGCCUGACGGGGGUGAGCUUCUCCUCUUCGUCCUCCUCAUCCUCCUCUAGCUCGCCUGGCAACGAGAACGCGGCGAGUAACUCGUGAGCCGCCUCGGCGGAGCUGCUGGGAGAGCUGCGGCCCCGCCCCGCCCCCGGCUCGGUCACCGCGGGCGCCGGGACUCGCCUGGUCGGUCAGCGCCCAGGGUGGGAUGGGCUCGGCACCGGCCCCCAGCCCAGGGGACGUCCCACUCGCUGGCCACUCCCGGCCCGGAGGGCGCGGGCCACACGGCCUUCCAGGGGCGCCCUCAGCCUCCCCCUCCCCUGUCUCUAACCCUCUAAACGCUCGAUGGCGGAAAGGUUUUUAUAAUUUUAAAUUAUUACUGCUCUGAAAUAAAUGGACGUUGUAGCUCACACGCGGCCAUGCAUGAUCUGUGGACGGACGGGUGCAGCUGCUUCACCAGGGCUGUGAUGCCGCCAGGACAGGCUGCAAGGGUCCCCAGGCUGCCUCCACCGCCCGGAGUUUGGGGGGCUUGGACCACGAGGAUGACCAGCAAAAAAACCCAAGAACAAAACUGCUCGGACAGACGUUUUUUAAAGGAGAAAAUGUGUAUCUCGGAAGCUAUUUAAAAUACACCACUUAAAAAGAGAA